UCUUUGCAAACUGAAACACGCACACAGACACAGGAGAGACCUGAAGGCUGCAGAAAGUUUGAGUCCAGAGAAACUGAGCAGAAGCACUGAGAUGGAGAUGCAGCUUCCACCUCACGAGGGAGUCGAGCUCUCGGUGGUCGACAUGCACACAGGUGGAGAGCCUUUACGGGUCAUCCUCAGCGGCUACCCAGAGGUCAAAGGUGACAGUGUGCUGUCCAAACGGCGUUACGUUCGGGAACAUCUGGACCACCUCAGGAGGGUGCUGAUGUACGAGCCGCGGGGACACUACGACAUGUACGGAGCCCUGAUCGUGGACAGCGAGUUGCCUGAGGCUGACCUGGGUGUGCUGUUCAUGCACAACGAAGGGUACAGCACCAUGUGUGGACACGCUGUCAUCGCACUGGGACGCUUCGCCGUAGACUACAAACUGGUGAAAGAGCCACAGUCACCAGAGACCCAGGUGAACAUACACUGUCCCUGCGGUCUGGUGAAGGCUUUUGUUGAGUACUCUGGUGGUAAAACAGGAGGAGUGAGGUUCCUCAGCGUGCCAGCGUUUGCAUUUGCCACAGAUGUGACGGUGACAGUGGAAGGUUUUGGUGAGGUAACACUCGACAUCAGCUAUGGAGGAGCCUUCUACGCCUUUGUAAACGCCCAGAGGUUUGGCCUUGAUGUGACCAAGUCCAGGACUCGAGAUCUGGUGGACGCAGCCACAGCGGUGACCAACGCUGUAAAGUCUCAGGUGAAGUUGCACCACCCGACCAGUGAUGAUCUAGCCUUCCUCUACGGCACCAUCCUCACCGACGGCAAAGAUAAUUAUUCCUCUGAAGCCACCGCUAAUAUCUGUGUGUUCGCAGAAGCUCAGGUGGACCGAAGCCCUACUGGUUCUGGUGUCACGGCCCGAGUUGCUCUCCAGUAUCACAAAGGUCUCAUCCAGCUGAACCAGAGCAGGACGUUUCAGAGCGGAAGCACCGGAUCACAGUUCACAGGGAAAGCUGUCGAGGAGACCGAGUGUGGAGACUUCAAGGCUGUGGUGGUGGAAGUUGCCGGCAGAGCUUUUUAUACCGGAGUUUCGCGCUUUGUGCAGGAGCCGGAUGACAAACUGACACAUGGUUUUCUGCUGAAGUGAGCCUCGAUUCAAUCAGGAAAAUUAUAAUCUAUAUAU